UUCCCCUUUUUCUUGUAUUUCUCCAUUCUGGGUGCAUUUGAGGGAGAUCUUGCCUAUCCUGCCAAGAGGUGCUUGCAGGGCUGAAGCUAGGAAUACAAAUGGAAAAGCAGGAUCCAGCAGGACCCGAAGUAGGGGGGAAACUGGAGGGCAGAGGAAGAGUCCAGGGGGAAACCAUCCAGGAGUUUCUAACUGGGGCAGCCCUGCAACAAAUUAAAGAAGAACCAGAUGAGGAGCUAGAGCAAUGCUGGGAAACUCAGUGGCAGGAGUUCUUGAAGGCAGUCAAGUCCCCUCAUCCAGAAUGGAGACACUCACAGUCGCCCCAUUCUCUUUCGGAUGCAAAUUUGAAGUCGAUCCAGGCCUCCUACAAGGGAACAGCAGAUGCCAGCCAGUGGCCUACAGGAGAAGGGCUGACUCAGACCCUGCCAGACCUCCGAAGCGAAGCACAACAGGCCUGCAGAAGCCUAGACUCAUCUCAGACUGUGAAGGUCGAGAUUCCGGACGAGGUGGACACCGUCACCCUGGAGAUGCGGCGCCAGCGCUUCAGGCAGUUCUCCUACCAUGAAGCCGAAGGCCCCCGAGAGAUUUGCCGGCAGCUCCAAGAACUCUGCCGUCAGUGGCUGAGUCCUGAGAAGCACACCAAGGAGCAGAUCCUGGAGUUGCUGAUCCUGGAGCAGUUCUUGACCAUCCUUCCCUGGGAAAUGCAGAACUGGGUCAGGGAACGUGGCCCCGAGACCUGCGCAGAGGCCGUGGUCCUGGCGGAGGAUUUUCUCCUGAUGCUACAGGAGCCUGAGAGACAGAACCCAAAGACUCCUGGGUUGUUGGAGGAAGAAUUUAUUAGUGCCCCCAAAUCUGAGGACGAUCUCUCAGAUGGUGUACAGCUGCCAGUCUCCAUGGAAACCAGCUUGCUGGGAGGCGACGAUCAGGUUCUGGAGAAUGAAGAGGAUACUUUUAGUCUGCAGAGGCCCGAGAGUGAACCGCUGGGUGUCAGUGGAAUACCCAUGGAAAGAGCCAAGGAGAGAUUUUUCUCCGAUCCUGAGUUGGAAGAGAUUCCCGGAAGUCAGCUGGGACCCGAAAGGCACCAGGAAAGCUAUUUGUGGAAGAUGGCCGAACAGGCUUUUCUGUGCGAAGACGGGGAGCGCGGCUUCCAUGAAAGCCCCUUCCAAGACAGGACUGAAAAAUGCCAGAGAAACGGCAUGGACGCCGACUUUGGGAAGACCCUCCGUCAGAGCUUGGACGUUCUCAAGACCCAGAAAAAGCGGAUGAGGAAAUUUAAAUGCUCCUAUUGUGGGGCGACCUCGAACAUCAGAGCGAACAUUGUGGUACACGAGCGGAUCCACACCGGGGAGAAGCCCUACUCUUGUUUAACCUGCGGCAAGAGCUUCAGUCGGAAAUCGACCCUUGUCCGGCACAAGAGGACACACACGGGGGAGAAACCGUACGAAUGUUCGUUCUGCGGGAAAAGCUUCAGCAUUCGUUGUAAUCUCUUGCGGCACGAAAGAGUCCAUACGGGCGAGAAACCCUAUCAUUGUACAUACUGUGGCCAGAGCUUCAGUCGCAGGCUUUUGCGUCACAAAAGAACGCACACCGGGGAGAAACCAUAUCAGUGCUCGGACUGCGGGAAAUGUUUUGGUACUCGAUCCAAGCUGGCAGAACAUAAAAAUAUUCACACGGGUGAGAAACCCUGCUGUUGUUCCAUCUGUGCCAAAAUCUUCAUUUCAAGCUCUAACCUCAUCAGCCACAAAAAGAUACACGUGGGAGAGAGACCCUACAAAUGCCUUGACUGUGGGAAAAGCUUCAAUCAUCGGUCCAAGCUGCUGCAGCAUAAAAGAAGUCACACCGGAGAGAAACCAUACGGAUGUUCAGACUGUGGGAAAGGCUUCCAUCAGAAAUCAUGGUUGGUUAAACAUGAGGAAACGCUCACAAGGGCUGAAAUGAUGUCAAAGGAACAUAGUCGAGAAAGCAGCUCGUGGAUCUCCUGUUCUUGGCGCAAUUGCCGAGUUGGCAGGAAGGAGCAGUUUAGGAACAGCAAACCAGGAACAGAAAUGGAGGUGGGGGAUACAUCUGGACCGAAUGGAGCAGGACUGUCCUUUCGGGUCACCCCCUUUGAAGCGCCCCCACCACGCGUUAAGGAGGAGCUGGAGGAAAGCCUCCAACAGUGCUGGGAAGCCCAGUGGCAGGAAUUCCUGAGGACGAUGCAGCCCCCUCAGUCAGGAUGGAGAAAGCUGGGGCUGCCCGAGCCCCACCCUGGAGACGAGGAUGUGAAAGACUCUCAUGCAGUCUCCAUGGAAACGGCUGAGGGUGUCCAGUGGCCUGUAGGGAAGCGUGACUCUCCAACCCUGCCAGGCUUUGGUGGAGGAGACCUCGAGGCCUUCCACAGCCUGGAUCCCCCUGUGAAAGUGAAGGAGGAGACUGAGGAAGAGGGGGACCCCAUCAGCUCAGAGACACGGCGUCAGCGCUUCAGGCAGUUCCACUAUCGGGAGGCCAAGGAUCCUCAGGAGGUCUUCAAGCAGCUCUGGGCGCUUUGCCGUCAGUGGCUGAAGCCUGAGAGGCACACCAAAGAGCAGAUCCUGGAGCUGGUGACCCUGGACCAGUUUCUGACGAUCCUCCCCCAAGAAAUGCAGACCUGGGUCAGGGAACGUGGACCAGAGACCUGUGCUGAGGCUGUGACUCUGGCAGAAGAUUUCUUCCAUGGAUCGCAAGAGCCCGAGAGACUUGAACAAAAGAUGCCAGGGCUGUUGGAGGAAGUGUUGGCUACUUCCCCCAAGUCAGAACAGGAUUCCUCAGGCGUUGUUGAGAUCCAGCUCAGUACAGAGACGAAGCAGGAGGAAGAGGAGGAGGGACAGGAAGCCUCUCUUGUAGAAGAUGAUGGCCAAGUAUGGGACGAGACAUUUCAGCUGGGGAGGACUGAGCAAGUGAAUGUCAGUGGAACGUCUCUGGGAAGAGCCAGAGGACCCUCUUUCGAGGGUCCUGAAUUGGAAGAGAAGCAUGGAAGUCCACAGGGACCAGAAAGUAAUCGGAAAAGACAUCUGGGGGACAGAGCAAAGGAAGCUUUCCAGGAAAGUGACUUCCCAGAGGGAAUCUGCAGCCAUCGGGAAGAACAGAUGGGCAGACAAAGCCUCUUUCACAAUUUUGAGCUUCUUGAGAAUCGGGAAACCUGCUUGGGGGAAAAGCCAUAUAAAUGCUCGUACAGCACUGAAAAUUCCCAUGAUCACUCGUGCCUGGGAAUACAAGCGAUAGCAGACACUGAGGAGAAACCACGGAAAUGCUUACAGUACAGCAAAAGCUUCCAUCAGAAAACCAACCUUGGUAAACCCAAGAGAAUCCCCACAGGGGAGAAACCGUACAUAUGUUUGGAGUGCGGGAAACGAUUCCGUGCAAGUUCUCAGCUUGGAAGCCACUGGAAAAUUCACACGGGUGAGAGACUGCACAAAUGCUUGCAGUGCGGGAACAGCUUUGGGAGCAAUUCGAAGCUGACGGAGCACAAGAGGGUUCACACAGGAGAGAAGCCGUUUCAGUGCCUACGGUGCGGGAAACGGUUCUCACAGAGAUCCAUCCUUCUGAGACACGAGAGAAUCCACACGGGCGAGAAGCCCCACAAAUGCUCCAUCUGUGACAAAAGCUUUGCUCAGAAGUCCAACCUCAUUCAGCAUGAGAGAACCCACACAGGAGAGAAGCCGUACGAAUGCUCGGAGUGUGGGAAAAACUUCCAUACUAGCUCUCGGCUCUCAAGUCACCAAAAAAUACACACCGGCAAGAUUCUGUAUGAAUGUUUGCAGUGUGGGAAUAGCUUCAGCAGCAGCUCAAAGCUUACAGAACACAAAAGGACUCACACGGGAGAGAAGCCGUUCCAGUGCUUACAGUGCGGGGCGUGUUUUUCUCAGCGCUACGCCCUUCUGAGGCACGAGAAAAUCCACACGGGUGAGAAGCCGCAUAAAUGCUCAGACUGUGGCAAAAGCUUCAGUAGGAAAUCAAACCUUAUCACCCACAUGGGAACCCACACGGGAGAGAAACCCUACGAAUGCCUGGACUGUGGAAAGAACUUCAGCCUGAAACGAAACCUGAUUCGGCACAAAAGGACUCAUACGGGAGAGAAACCCUAUAUAUGUUCACAGUGCGGGAAGGGGUUCUCUCAUCACUCUGCACUCCUGAGGCAUGAGAAGAUACACACAGGGGAGAAGCCGUAUGAAUGCUCAUUCUGUGGGAAAAGGUUUGGUCGGAAAGAAGACCUAAUCACUCAUGAAAGGACCCACACAGGAGAGAGGCCGUAUGAAUGUGUGGAUUGCGGGCAAAGGUUCAGUCAGAGAACGCCUCUUGUUGUACAUAGGAGGGUCCACACCAGGGAGAAACCGUAUGAAUGUUCACAAUGUAGGAGGCGGUUUUCGCAUCAUUUGUCCCUUUUGAAUCAUGAGAAAAUCCAUAUGGCAGAAAAAGACGCAUAAAUGCUUGAACUUGCUUCCAUACAGCAAUGUUCUCUGUGUAGCUCUUGCUGCAGCAAAUGCCUUCACAAGGCCAACAGAGCAUCCACGAAGCAGUUUAUCCUUCACUGUCCUUGCCUUAACUUCUUGCAGCUGAAGGACUUUGAAAAAAUCAGGAAUCGUUAGGUUGCUAUAGUGUUAUAACGAUCUAUUGUCAUAAGUUAUU